CCUUGAAGAAUGGAUAGAGGGAAUUGUUCAUCCUUGACUGAAUUCAUUUUCUUGGGAAUCGCUGACAACACUGAAAACAAAGUGACCCUAUUCACCAUGUUUCUACUUGUUUAUCUCCUUAGUCUCCUGGCCAAUCUUGGAAUGAUCAUCCUAAUUAGACUGGAUUCCAAGCUGCACACACCCAUGUACUUUUUCCUCAGCCACCUCUCUUUCUGUGACCUCUGCUAUUCCACAGCAAUUGGCCCCAAGAUGCUGGUGGACAUAUUUGCCAAGAACAGAUCAAUCCCCUUCCUUGGCUGUGCCCUGCAGUUCUUGGUCUUCUGCAUCUUUACAGAUUCUGAGUUUGGACUGCUGGUGUGCUCCCUGCUCGUGGCGGGGGUGUACCUGGUGGGGAUGGCGGAUGCUUUGAUACACACGACAUUAGCCUUCCGCUUAUGUUUCUGUGGCUCAAAUGAGAUUAACCAUUUCUUCUGUGAUGUUCCUCCUCUCCUAUUGCUAUCCUGCUCAGAUACACAGGUCAAUGAGUUAGUGAUAUUCACCGUUUUUGGCUUCAUUGAACUGAGUACCAUUUCAGGAGUCCUUGUCUCUUACUGUUACAUUAUCCUAUCAGUGUUGAAGAUCCACUCUGCUGAGGGGAGGCGCAAAGCUUUCUCCACCUGCACCUCCCACCUAACUGCUGUGGCCAUUUUCCAGGGGACUAUGCUCUUCACAUAUUUCCGGCCAAGUUCUUCCUACUCUCUGGAUCAAGACAAAAUGAUCUCAUUGUUUUACACCCUAGUGAUUCCCAUGUUAAACCCUCUGAUUUACAGCCUACGGAACAAGGAUGUAAAAGAGGCCUUGAAAAAACUGAAAACUGAAAGGUGGUUUUAA